UAUGUGUCUCUAUGUGUCCCUAUGGGUCACACGUGUGGGGCUGCCCCAUAGCAGGACCAUGUCGCGCUUCUUCACCACCGGCUCCGACAGCGAAUCCGAGUCCUCGGCCUCGGGGGACGAGCUCGCCCCAAAGCCUGCGGGGGGCAACUACAGCAAGCCGCUGCUGCUCAGUGAGGAUGAGGAGGACACGAAGCGCGUGGUGCGGAGCGCCAAGGACAAGAGGUUCGAGGAGCUGGCGGCGCUCAUCCGCACCAUCCGCAAUGCGAUGAAGAUCCGCGACGUUUCGCGGUGCCUCGAGGACUUCGAGCUUUUGGGGCGAGCGUUCGCCAAGGCCAAGGGGGUGCUGGAGCGGGACGGGCCCCCCCGCUUCUACAUCCGCAUCCUCGCCGACCUCGAGGACUACCUGGCCGAGCUGUGGGAGGACAAGGAGGGCAAGAAGCGCAUGAACAAGAACAACGCGAAGGCGCUGAGCUCCCUGCGCCAGAAGCUGCGCAAGCACAACCGGCACUACGAGGAGCUCAUCGGCGCCUACAGACAGAACCCGGAGCUCUCGGAUGAGGAUGAGGAGAAGAGGAGCCGGGACUCGGAGGGCUCUUCCUCCCCCUCCUCCUCCUCCUCGGGCGAUGAGGACGAGGCCGGGGCCUUCCUCAAGAAGCGGGAGGAGGGGAGGAGCCGCUUCCUGAAGUCCCUCCCCUCGUCCCUCCCCUCCCCCAUUCAGGGCUCGGCGUCGCCGUCGUCGUCCUCGGCCUCGGGUGGGGGUUGGGGCUCCUCGGGCUCGGGCUCGGGCUCGGAGGAGGAGGAGGAGGGGGGGGAGGGGAAGGGCCCGAGCCUGCAACUGGCGUCCAGGUUCCUGAAGAGGGACGAGGAGCGCCGCGGUGGGGCCGGGGAGCGGCGCCGUGGGGAGCGGCCCCGCCGCAAGAGGGCGCCACGGAGCCGGCGCGAGGAGGAGGAGGAGGAGCCUGAGGGGGGGGAGUGGGAGAGGGUGAAAGGAGGAGCCCCAUUGGUCAAGGAGAAGCCCAAGAUGUUCGCCAAGGGCACGGAGAUCACCCCGGCCGUGGUGCUCAAGAAGCUCAAUGAGAUCCUGCAGGCGCGGGGCAAGAAGGGAACCGACCGGUGAGGAGCUA